GACGAAUUCAUUCUAAUAGAAACAAAUUGAACACAUCAUCUCAAUUAUUUGAGUGAAAUAUAAGCUGUUUCCCAUCACAAUAUUUUGAUAUUUCUAUUCAACUAAAAAAUCAAAUACUAUCUAAAACUAUCAACUAUAGUUUAAAAUAAAAGCUUAUUUAAGUUCAUAUAUUAAUAGAAACACCCAAUCAAUGGAAUGGCAUUAGAAUAAGCACUAUGUGACAAACCUUAUUCCCACGUUCCCUUUUUUUGACUCUUUCCUUGUUUUUGUUUUCUCAUUUCCCCUUCUUUAAAGCCCGUCAAAAGGCAUCUUCCCACGGGCAAGGUGAGAGAGAUGUCUUCUCCCUAUGAGGUUGAAGAGUGUCGUGGGGUUCUUCGAGUUUACAGUGACGGCUCCAUAGUCCGCUCCUCUCAGCCAAGCUUCGCCGUCCCUGUACACGAUGAUGGCUCUGUCCUGUGGAAGGACGUCCUUUUUGACCCACAGCACGACCUUCAGCUCCGGCUCUACAAGCCGGCUUCCCCUUCCGCCAAGCUUCCCAUAUUCUACUACAUACAUGGAGGCGGCUUCUGCAUUGGGUCCCGCACAUGGCCCAACUGCCAAAACUACUGUUUCCGCCUUGCGUCUGAGCUUCAAGCGGUUGUUAUCUCACCUGACUAUCGACUCGCUCCUGAGAAUCGGCUACCGGCUGCCAUCGAGGAUGGGUACAAGGCUGUGAAGUGGCUCCAAGCUCAAGCUUUGGCUGAGAACCCUGAUACCUGGUUAACCGAGGUAGCCGAUUUUGGGCGAGUUUUCAUUUCUGGAGACUCGGCAGGAGGUAACAUCGCCCAUCACUUGGCGGUUCAGCUGGGAUCGUUGGAGUUGGUGCCGGUUGGGGUGAGAGGUUAUGUGUUGUUGGCCCCAUUUUUUGGUGGGACAGUGAGGACCAAGUCGGAGGCUGAGGGACCUAAAGACGCCUUUCUGAAUCUGGAGCUGAUUGACAGGUUCUGGAGGUUAUCUAUACCUACUGGUGAUACCACUGACAAUCCAUUGGUGAACCCGUUUGGGCCUCUUAGCCCCAGUCUUGAACCAGUGGAUCUCCUCCCCAUUCUAGUGGUUGCUGGGGGAAGCGAUCUUUUGAAAGACCGGGCUGAGGAUUAUGCAAAGAGGCUCAAACAGUGGGAAAAGAAGGUCGAGUACGUUGAAUUUGAAGGGCAACAGCACGGAUUCUUCACUAUUUUUCCUACCUCGGAGGCUGCAAAUAAGUUGAUGUUGAUCAUUAAACGAUUCGUAAUUGAAAAUUCUAAUUAAUGUGGCACUACGUGAUGUGUAGUGAUUGUAAGUCCUACUUCAAAUAAAAUUAAUAUAUAUCUGAAUGUUAUUUAA